AUGACGACGGCCGUCAAGCCGACGGCGCCCGCGUCAAGUCUCAUCCCGGCGCCCGUCAGUCCCGUUACCCAGUCUCCUUGUCCCUAUCAUCUAAUGGACGAGAGCACGAGAGCCCAGAAGAUCCACCUGCGUUCCUACGAGAGGAACCGCAGCUUCUGCCGUUUUCUUGGACGGUUCCUGAGCACAGGGGACCAGGCCGCCAAGGGGAACUACGGCCUCCUGGACCAGAUCCAGGCCCUGAGGUGGACCAGCGAGAACAUCGCCUACUUCGGAGGAGACCCCCUGCGGAUCACCGUGUUCGGGUCCGGGGCCGGGGCUUCCUGCGUCAACCUGCUCACCCUGUCCCACUACUCUGAGGGGAACCGCUGGAGCAACUCUACCAAAGGUCUGUUUCAGAGGGCCAUCGCCCAAAGUGGCACGGCCCUCUCCAGCUGGGCCGUGAGUUUCCAGCCCGCCAAGUACGCCCGCAUGCUGGCCAGGAAGGUGGGCUGCAACCUGCAGGACACGCUGGACCUGGUGGAGUGCCUUCAGAAGAAGCACUACAAGGAGCUUGUGGAGCAGGACAUCCAGCCGGCGCGCUACCACAUCGCCUUCGGCCCCGUCAUCGACGGCGACGUCAUCCCCGACGACCCGCAGAUCCUGAUGGAGCAGGGCGAGUUCCUCAACUAUGACAUCAUGCUGGGCGUCAACCAGGGAGAGGGCCUGAAGUUCGUGGAGCUCAUCGUGGACAACGAGAAUGGCGUGCAGGCCAACGACUUUGACUACGCCGUGUCCAGCUUCGUGGACGACCUGUACGGCUACCCGGAAGGGAAGGACAUCCUCCGGGAGACCAUAAAGUUCAUGUACACCGACUGGGCCGACCGCCACAACCCGGAGACGAGGAGGAAGACCCUGCUGGCGCUGUUCACCGAUCACCAGUGGGUGGCGCCGGCCGUGGCCACCGCCGACCUCCACUCCAGCUUCGGCUCGCCGACGUACUUCUACGCCUUCUACCACCACUGUCAGACGGAGCAGGUGCCGCCGUGGGCCGACGCGGCGCACGGCGACGAGAUCCCCUACGUGUUCGGCCUGCCCAUGAUCGGACCCACCGAGCUGUUCCCCUGCAACUUCUCCAAGAACGACGUGAUGCUCAGCGCCGUGGUGAUGACCUACUGGACCAACUUCGCCAAGACCGGCGACCCCAACCAGCCAGUGCCUCAGGACACCAAGUUCAUCCACACCAAGCCCAACCGCUUCGAGGAGGUGGCCUGGACACGCUACAACCAGAAGGACCAGCUCUACCUCCACAUCGGGCUGAAGCCUCGCGUCAAAGAGCACUACCGCGCCAACAAGGUCAACCUGUGGCUGGAACUGGUGCCUCACCUCCACAGCCUCAACGAGGUCACCCAGCUCAUCCCCACCACCACCAAGGUGCCCCAGCCCGAGUCGCCUCCCAAGCCCCCCAAGAAGGCUCCGGUCACCAAGCGGCCCAACCCCACGUUCUUCCCCACGGAGACCCACGACAGCCACAACCAGCCCGUGCUGCUCGACCAGAGGGACUACUCGACGGAGCUGAGCGUCACCAUCGCCGUGGGCGCCUCCCUCCUCUUCCUCAACAUCCUGGCUUUCGCCGCCCUCUACUACAAGAAGGACAAGCGGCGGCACGACGUCCACCGGCGCUGCAGCCCCCAGCGGAGCACGGCCAACGACCUGGCGCACACCCAGGAGGAGGAGAUCAUGUCCCUGCAGAUGAAGCACACGGACCUGGAGCACGAGUGCCGCGGGGACCCCAUGCACCCCCACGAGGUGGUUCUGAGAACUGCCUGCCCGCCCGACUACACGUUGGCCAUGCGGCGCUCGCCGGACGACAUCCCCCUCAUGACCCCCAACACCAUCACCAUGAUCCCGAGCACCAUGCAGGGCCUGCAGUCCCUGCACAACUUCAACAGCUACCCGGGCGCUGGGCAGAACAACACGCUGCCACACCCGCAUUCACACUCCACCACCAGGGUAUAACCUCCACACGAGGGGAAGGAUGGAAGCUGACACACACACACACCCACUCACCUAUACACACACACACUCGCGUGUGCCGUGCCGCGUACAGUAAGAGAACUGACUACCAGAGCUGACUACCCAGCAGGAAACCCAACACAGGUGGAAUACAGGAAUUCUGCUUUUGCCCUGUGAAUACAGUACCUAAGGGAGUACUAACAGGAUUUUUUUGCCGGGGCCGACGAUUUUGUUUUGUAGAAAAGAGGAUACAAGAAAAAAAUCAAAAAUAAACAUUGCAAAAAAAACAUUUCAAACGAAAUAAAGAAAAAAAAAAAUGAAAAUAAAUACAGACAAAGGAUAUUUUAGUUCUGGUAUUGCUACAAAACAAGGUCAGCGUUUUUCGUUUC